UUAUAAAGAACUAGAAAUGUAGAAUACGCAUAGUUGCCUGAUGAUGUCAGCAUGAUAGAAAGAUUUUGGCCUAGAGGGUUCCAGUGGGAUGAAUAUCCCAUAAAAUAUUCAAUGAAAUGCGUACAAAGUAAAGUAGAAAAACCCAGAACGUCAAGAAAUAUAUGCAUAUGCAAUCAUCUCUGUCCAUAUAUGAUGAGAAGAUUGAAGAAAGGAAUCAUAGCUGUAGGUCAAAAAACGAUUCACAGCAUGUGGAUAUGGCAUAAGGAAAUUUUUGGUGAAUUAUUAUUAUCACGUCAAAUUCAAGAAAACCACAACCCUAAAAUCCUGAAGUCCUGUGCUGUGAUUUACAUAUUUGGGUGCACUUAAGAACUGGCAUUUAAUUAUGGUAUUAAAAGGCCAGAAAGUAAUGGAUUUGGGAGUUAAUGCAAAACCCACAAAGUGACAGUGAAGGAGAAGAGAUCAGAAACGGAAUAAUCUUAACACAGGGGAAGGUUUUUGCAAAUCAAAGCUGAAAAAGAUUGCGAAAUUGACAGCAGAAAGAAAGAGGGGGCAAUAAUUAUUAGCCCAGGCCAGAAGCAGCAGAAAAGAUAACUCAAUUCUCAUUUGGGCAAAGAGUUCUCACUCCCUCUCUCUCUUUCUCUUUCCAUCCCCACACCCAAUUCAGAUGUAGAUUAAUUUUCUUUCUCAUAUAGCCCAAAAAGAUUCCCUUCCUUUCUCUGCUUAGAAUUCCUUCAAGUCUCAGCCAAGUCGAAGUAUUGAUGGGCCAGUAGUUGAAGCAAACGGAGAAGGGCUGAACAGGAGUCAAUUCAGAAACUCAAAACAGAAGAGCCAUGGAAAAAGAUGGGUCCGAGAUGCCUUCUGAUGAUGGUAAAGCCAAUCUGGAUAAGAACAGGAGAAGGACUGUGAAGACACCUGCUCAGGUUCAAGCAUUGGAGAAAUUUUAUGAAGAACAUAAGUAUCCUACUGAAGAAAUGAAACAACAACUUGCUGAGUCUAUAGGAUUAACAGAGAAGCAAGUUUCUGGGUGGUUUUGCCACAGGAGGUUGAAGGACAAGAGGUUAAUGAAUGGGGAAAAUCACACCACUGGAAGGCAAGAUCGGUUGAGUGGGGUCAUACAGGAUCGAGUCAGUGGGCACAGGCAGGAUUCUUGUGGUAGCACAAAACAGGGAAAUGAGAGGAAUUUGGAUACCAGGGAAGUCGAAAGUGGAAGAUUGACUACGAAAGAAUUCUCAGCUCCAGGGCUUUCACCUAUCAUACCGAACAAAAACUACAAUCUUGUGGAUGAUCCAUCUUCAGGAAGCAGUUCUUCAUUACGAAAUAUGUCCAACCAUCAGAAUGUGGAACCUUUCGAUGCAGCAACUGCAAGGCAUCUGACACCAAAAUUUCCAGCAGAUGUGAAGGGUUUGAAAACUAGGCCUGGCCCAUCCGGCUAUUUAAAAGUGAAGGGUCGAGUUGAGAAUGCUGCUGUAACAGCAGUCAAGAGGCAGCUGGGAAAGCAUUACCGGGAUGAUGGACCUCCACUUGGUGUUGAUUUUGAUCCACUUCCUCCAGAGGCAUUUGAAUCAGCAAUGCAGGAACCAGUUCAAGGGGCUUACCAUACUGGAGAAGUAGUGAUCCCUACUUCAGCCGACGCCAUGAAAAGCCACCAGGAUCCCAAGUUUGGAAUGAGCUAUGAAUACAGUUCCAGCCCUGCAUCCUACAUCGAUCGAAAAAGUCAUAAAAAGAGAUGUGGUGGUGAUAUUCCUGACAGCUACAUCAACAAAAAAUCUGGACUUUGGACUUCUGUGUCCAAUGGUGUUGCUUAUUAUCCCGGAAGCAAUUCUUUCGUUAAAUUCCCUGGAACUCCUGAUAGGCAUAUAACUGGUGGUCAUAGUCGAGAUGAAUAUGAGACAAAGCCCAGACCAGAUAUUGAGAACUUGAGAAUUGCUUCAAUCUCAAAUGAUCCACAUCUGCAAACUUAUGGAGGGAAAGUGGGAGAGGAACGAUUUCGUGAGUAUAGUGAUGUCUACAGAGAAAAUGGCUUUACUGAUCACUCCAAUCCGACCAUGAAAAGAAAGGAAUGCGACCGCUAUUCAAGGGAUGCUUUACUGUCGGGACAGCCUAUGAAGAAUGACAACAGGAGGGCAAUUGAUGAAAGUCGAGUCAAGAUCCCAAGUAACAAGAAGUUAAAUGCUAGAAAAAGAUUGAGGGGAGAAUUUAGUCCAGUAGAGCAGCAGGUUCUUAAAGCAUCAUCAUCAUCAGUGGUGGAUAAGUUAGCAUGGAGCGACCAGAUCAUGAGGUGCGGUGUGGAACAAAAAUGGAGUCGAGCGAUGAGGAAAGCGCAGAAACAAGUUGUUCAGUGGAUUAAAGCAGCAAGCAAGCAGGUUGGACGUAUGACAGGUCACCUGCCAUGUCUUAUCGGACCUAGUUUGUAAAGUACCAUGUUCAGAGACGGAAAAUGUGAGGAGGAGGUAGUAUAAUAUAGGAACCCGAGAUAAAUGUGGGCUCCUUUCACUGUAAAAGUUGUCCAAGUUCACUCUUUUGACAGGCCACAUCCCUUGCGGACAAUUUUGUUA